GCUAACAAGAGGAGAAGAAGACAUAAGGACGCAGAAAAGAAGACAGAUCUAUAGCAGUUUUUUACCUCCGAGAAUUUGUCGGAUCGGCUAAUGAUGGUUAAAAUGCCGCCCAAGGGCUUAUUUUUGUGCAAUAUUGUUGCUUUACCAAGCGGAAAACAAGAAGGCGGGAAUGUGGGAUUGUUUGGACAGUCUGAACAAAGCGAUUGUUUUGAAGUGAAACGUUCAGCGACCCAACAGUCUGCAGAAAUCGACUUAAAAUGGGUGUUCGAAAAAAGUGCGUGACUUUGUCGCCGCAAAUGUGCGGGCACGCGAUUUGACACCCGCAAAAAUGAACCACUUGACAACCGGGCAUUCAUUUCAUGGCCUUUUAAAAGACAAAAGCUACUGAGUGAACGGUUCGAUGGGUUUUUAACAGGUUCGAUGAACGAUGCGUCCCAGAGAACUGUAUGUACAAUCGUCCUGCGAUUGAAGAAUAUCUGCCAUUUAUACCCAAUAACUCAUGGUGACAACAUGCUUCCGAAACCCAUUUUGAAACAACAAAACAGUAGCACAGCGCUGAUUGAUAAGCAUAUUAUUAUUUGCAUAUCUAUUAUUUCCUGUUAUUAACACCUGCGAGUCGUGCAGUCCGCUUUGUUACCACUUGUCGAGCUGCUGUGUAAAUGAGCAAAGCCGCGUCAGUGUUUACCAAAACGGAUAACUUCACGAAUUUCGAUGGGGGGACGACGUCGUAUAAUCUCGCGAGAUGAUGAAGGUCAUUGAAGUCGCAGCUUUGCUCCUGCUGGUGAUUUCAUCCGGAGUUAGGUUGGACUCACGCUCGACCUGCUCCGAAGACAAGAAAUGCUCUAACUCCGAAACAUGCUGCGGUAACAUUUGUGUCGACAGCUCGAAAGUCUGCAAAGUCGCGUGUCAGAAACAGUCGGACUGUGAUAGCUUGGGGAACGCAAAAUGCAUCGAUGGGUUCUGCGAAUGUGUCGAGGAAUCGUCUUGUUCGAACACAUCGACAUUGCAUGAAAGAUUCACGUGGAAUCAACCUUGUAGCGCAGAUGUCGAUUGUUCUCAAAAUGCGAAUUCGAAAUGUCGCAACAGAACUUGUGUUGCAACUAAGGAAAGACAGGAAGAAAUGCCGCUUAAUCCAGCUCUCCUUGCCAUUGUGGCUAUCAUAGGGGUGUUAAUGUUUUCGUGCCUUUUCUGCUGUUGUUUGAGCCGAAUGAAAAGUGAAAGAAAAUCUAUGAAAACACGAGUGGCCAAGGGAAAACUAAAGAAAGUUCACGUACAGAGUAGCGAUAAUGAGGACGCAGUAAAGCUCGCUUCUUUUCCGUUAUUAAAUGCUGAAAGCCAUGUUUCUUCGGCUACUGCCGAGAAAAAAACAAUGAUAUUGGAUAAAGACGAGGAAGCUCUGAUUUCCGUUGUUAUGAGCGGACUUGCGUUGCCUCCUAUUCGCGAGGAAGACGAAUUCGACGACGCGGAUAAAGAUUAGAAGAUGAAAACAGCUGUGUUUACUUGGCUUGUGAAAAAUAAUUAUUGCGCCGUCAUAAAGAAGUGAAAACUCACUUGAUUUGUUGCCUUCAACGGUAAAAUGCAGUUAGCAUCGAAGUAAAGCAGUAAACAGACAAACUCGAGAGUUUUCAGGCACGUAGCAUUCGGAAUAUGCGAAAUUUCCGUGCGGUUCAUCAUGUUGUUGAUUAAAACUCGCUCUGUUGGUUAAUAACGCAGCUUUUUUGCCUGCGGUUAUAAUGAAUGGAUCUGGGAAACCACCGAACCAAAGUUGGAGAUCGCGAGUUAUAAUGCCGAUUUUUAAUCUUUUUUUUUUUGACCACUGAUUACUUCAGAAGCUGGCAAGUACAAAUCAGGUUAACUUGUGGUUGUAAUUUCAAGUAAAAUCAGCCGUAAAGUUUUCAACUACCUCGACAAAAUUGUAAAUUGUAAUCGUUACAGAUUUUUUUCAAAAAAUAUUUUUAACUAUUUGUCUCCUUAUUUUUCUCACGGGCUGCAAUGUUUUUAAUGACAAUGAAUUCUAGUCUAGACAUUGACAAGAUUUAGGUUUCAGGCAGUUAUCAAAACGUGGCCUCGGGAAAAAAAUCCUAUAAGUUGAGCAGCUUUGGCGGAGAUAGGAGAAGAUUAAAAUAUACUUAAUGGCUACAAAGUCAGGCUAUAUCGUAUUCUUGUUGCUUAGAACAUCAGAUGUACAAAAAACAGUAAUAAACGAAAUUGGAAAUAAUUUAUCGCGGAAUGCCAACAGAAUUAAAAUAAAUAAUUUAAUCUAGUACGUUUGUCAUAAAAUUAUGAUUGUUAAGUUCAAGAACUGAUAAGUUACAAAUUUAUCUUUGCGAAAUAUUUUAUAUGCGUCAUGUCGAAACACAAUAUUAAUGGUUGUUUUUAUUCUUUGUUCAUUUGGAUUUCCGAAGACUUUGACUGGCCAAAUGGAGCCUUAAUACUUGGAUCGAUUCAAAUUCAAAUGGUUAUUAUGGAAACAUUUUUAUUGAGUUUGCUAUUUUAGGUAUUAAAAUUCGUCUAGUUAUAUUGACUAAGAUGUUGUCUUUUAAAGAAUACUUGUUUGUUCAUGCCGCAAAUAAUACCAUAAAUAGCUUGGAAAAAGAUUCUUGUAUUGUAAUGAGUGUCAAUCGUAAACUUAAUCCAGAAUUAAUAAAAAAGAGCUCACGAGCGGUUUUGUUCCUUA